AUCCUUCCAACAAUAUAUCAGGGGAAAGAAAUUAACUCCUCGUUGUAUGUGAACUUGAAAUACUUAAGGGUGUUCUUAGGGAGUGCCUCAAGUGAUAGAAUACUCAGCAAAAUGUUGCAGGGGCUUUUGGGAAAGUCCUUGAAUGUUUGGCCAAUGAAAAGAAAGAGAUUAUUGCAAUUAUAUGAAAUUGUGUGCAAAUACCGAACUGGUUUGACUAUCGUUUUUGAGAAGCUUGGUCCAAGCUUAUACGAUUUUUUACACAAAAACAGCUAUCUUUCAUUUCCCAUUGAUCUUGUUCGGGAGUUUGACAGACAAUUUUUCGAAUCUGUGGCAUUUAUGCAUGAUCUGCAUCUGAUUCACACUGAUCUGAAACCAGAAAAUAUUCUUCUUGUUUUCACAGACUAUAUUAAAGUGUUAGAUUAUAAG